CAGCAUUGCUGCAGAGGUUGAAGGGGUGGGGGGUCAGCCUGUCAGUGCUCAGACCAUACGCCGCACACUGCAGCAAACUGGUCUACAGACAAGACGUAUAAUAACAUGGCCUGCGAUGAGUUAGCACCCUGUCCCGAGUGUCCCCGAGUUCCCCUGGAUAGGCUCCGGGUUCCUCCGUGACCCUGGGUGGGAUAAGCAGUAUGGAAAAUGGAUGGAUGGAUAUAUUAUAAUGAUCAAGACAAUGAUGGAGAUGAUCAGCACGCCAAUCUACCGUAACACCACUAUGGCAAAAAUAUCCAGUCAUCCUGGAGCUUGGUCCAGCGAGGCAAGCUUGUAAUGCAGAGAUGUCAAGUGCUUAAGAAAGUCCUAGACAUCUUCGCUAGGGUUGAUGAUGAUAACGAUGAUGUCAUUAUGAUGAUGUUAUUAGUGAAAGGAAAAAUGUGUGCAUGUUUAAUGAGCUGAACCUGUUCGUCAGAUGGAGGGCGAGACGAAGCCGAUGCGGGUGCUGGUGACGGGCGGCAGUGGCCUCGUGGGGAAAGCCAUAGAGCGUGUGGUGAAGCAGGAAGGAGGAGCCAGAGAAGGGGAGGAGUGGAUCUUCCUCAGCUCAAAAGAAGCGGACCUGACAAACGCAGCCGAGACGAGGGCCAUCUUCGAGAAGCAUCGCCCCACGCACAUUAUUCACCUCGCCGCCAAGGUGGGCGGGCUGUUCCUGCACUUGAGAGAGAACCUAGAUUUCUGGAAGAACCUGUCCAUCAACGAGAACGUGCUGCAAACGGCUCAUGAGUUCGACGUGGCGAAAGUCGUCUCAUGUUUGUCUACGUGCAUUUUUCCGGAUAAAACCACCUACCCCAUUGAUGAGACAAUGAUCCAUAACGGUCCUCCUCAUGAGUCGAACUGGGGUUACGCCUACGCCAAGAGGAUGGUCGACGUACACAACAGGGCCUGUUUUAAGCAGCAUGGACGCCGAUACACAGCUGUCAUUCCCACAAACAUUUUUGGCCCACAUGACAACUUCAGCAUCGAGGACGGUCACGUCUUACCUGCACUCGUCCACAAGACCUACAAGGCAAAGAGGGACGGAACAGCUCUGGAGGUUUGGGGUUGUGGUCAAGGACUACGCCAAUUCAUCUUCUCUGUAGACUUGGCUCGGCUCUGCGUGUGGGUGCUGAGAGAAUACGACGAAAUCGAGCCCAUCAUUCUCUCAGUCGGAGAAGAGGAGGAGAUGACCAUUAAAGAUGUCGCCAAUGCGAUCGUGGACGCUUUCGAGUUUACAGGACCUGUGAAUUAUGACACGAGCAAAUCCGACGGUCAGUUGAAGAAAACGGCGAGUAACGCUAAACUGAGACGCUACCUUCCUAAUUUUACCUUCACUCCGUUCCAUGCAGCCGUGAAGGAGACGUGCGACUGGUUCGCUAAUAAUUACAGCGUCGCUCGCAAAUGACGGUCCUGCCCGAGCCGGCGAGUGGCGUGCUCUCUACACAUCACCUGCGAAAACUCUUCUGUUGAAAGAUUUAGUCUUAACCUUCAACAAUAAAAAUCAAAUCAUGUCUGUUUACAGAUCAGCUUUAAUAAUCAAAACACUGUGCUUUUUUUUUUUUUAAUCUGAUUUACAGUAAUCUAAAAAUAAAGUUUUCACCUUUUGA